AUUUUUAUGUUUUUAAAAAACAUAAAAAUAUUUUGUUUUCUUAAAUUCCUUGGUUCUCACUGUAUUGUAAUCUUUUUGUUCUGCUUGAAAUUCAGCCUAUGUGUGAAUAUGAUUAUUUUCAGAAAAAUAUGGAAGAAAUAAAUACAUAUGUUAUCCUGGAUGAAUGGAAUAAUGAUUUAGGUUCAGGCCAGAUAUCUGUAAUUGAUCCCUCGGAGCAUAUUUAUCUGGUGGAUAUUGCAGGGCCAGGGAUUCAUCAGAUACAAUCAUUAGAUUCUAAACCUGUGCCUGAAAUACUACUACCCGAAGAUCAAGUUGUUACAAGGGAGGAAUUGAUUCAGUCGGUCAACCUGCCACAGUCUGCAGAGGAUACCACAGACCCGGUCAACCUGUCUCCUCAACAACCUGAAGAACCAGCUGAUAUUGUACAGAAUUGUGGAUUUCUACGGAAACCUGCCAAACAACAAAUUCAUUACCUAGAGGAUGCAGUUGAGUUCGCAAACAGAAAAUCCAAGAAAAGAAAUAACGAUGUUACACCGCCCAAAGUUUACAGGUGUGAUGAGUGUGAGUAUAUUGGUCCAAGGAGUCUUCAUGCUCAAAACCAUAGUCAGCACAAGCCUAGAGGAACUAGGGGAACUAGAAUUGACUGUGAUAAAUGUGAUUAUUUUGCCCUGCAGAAUAUAGAUAUGAAAAGACACAAGGCGUCAAAACAUUCGGAAGGCACGGAAACUUUUCCUUGUGAUAGUUGUGAUUAUGUAGCCCGUUAUGCUUCUCUUUUAGCAGUACAUAUAAAAGUAAAACAUUUGAGAAAGCAGGCGUACUCCUGUGAUGAUUGUGAUUUCUCCACAAUGUAUGCAAGUGCUUUCAAGAGACACAAGCAAAUCCAUACAGAUGAACUUGGAUGCUCAGAGUGUUCAUACAAAACCAACAGACUGGAUAAUCUUAAAAAUCAUAUAGCUUCAAAACAUGAAAAUAUAAGGAUUCCCUGUUCCUACAACGGAUGCACAUUUACCGGGGCAAGCAAAAGUUCAGUCAACAACCAUUUUAAAGCUACUCAUCAAGGGAUUAGAUUUAGUUGCGAUUUCUGUAGCUUUAGCUCCGCCAGAAAACAAAAUCUGUUGGAGCAUAUUAAAGCUAAACAUCAUGAAGAAACACCAGACAAAGUCAGAUUUGCUGCUCCGAAACCAUUAAGUGCAUUUCUUCUUUUUUCUAAAGAGGAGUCCCGUCAUCUAUCAAAAGAGAAGCCGUGGUUAACAAAAGCAGAAAAAAGGAAAAUUUUAAAGGAAAAGUAUAUAAGCCUGGCUGAGGUUGAAAGAUCCCGAUAUAAAGAACUGUACCAGAACAGUCGUAAGAAGGUGAAAAUGAACAAUGAAGAAACUAUCCCUCUACACCAUCUCAUAUCUCAGGAGGAAGAAGAAAAAGAACUUGUUAUUGAGAUGAAGGAACCGGUUAUAAUCUGGGACAACAACACCCUGACUACGAACCUAAAGACAUCCUCCUACCUGGUCCCCGACCAACCCAAGGAAACACAGUUUUCAAACCCUGAUGAUCUUCCUGAUGCUACUAACUACGUGUAUGCUGAUGGAGGACUAGUUCGUGUUAUUGAAGAGACUGGAGAAGAUGAGGAGAACAAGAAUACAGAGCAACAGAGCAGAGCAGAUAAGCCAAGGAUGUUUUCUUGUCAGGACUGUAAUUACAGAGCCAAGCACGCUCAUCACAUCAAGUUACAUCGUCAGUCAAAACAUAUUUCCGAGUGGAUCCUUUGUCAUCUUUGCCAGUACAAAGCCAAGAGAAAGGAUUCCUUGAAACGGCAUAUACUGCUUGAACACGAGAAUAUCAGGUAUGAAUGUAAUUACUGUGAUCAUAAGUCGACUGACCCGGCAAGUUUAAAGAAACAUAUUGGAAGUAUGCACGAAGGUCAACUACAUUCCUGCCCAUAUUGCCAGGCGAAGUUUAAGCAUAAAAGUACAAGAUUUCGACAUAUCAACGCAGAACAUACACUUCCUAGACAUAAAUGUUCCCAAUGUGAGUUUACCUGUACCCAGCGGGCUGGUCUCAAAUCUCAUGAGAAGAAGGAACAUUUACAGGCGAAUAGUUCUAUCUGUGUUGAAUCUAAUGAUCUACGGACUAAGAAGAAGAAGAUAAACAACAGGCCAAAGCGACCUAGUACUAAGUAUCUUCUCUUCUGUCGUGAUGUGCGUCCUCAAGUGAUCAAGGAGAACCCAACCUGGUCUCUUAUUCAGAUUGGAAAAGAACUAGGAAGAAGAUGGAGAGAACUUCCUAAUGAAGUGGUGAAGGCGUAUGAUGAGUCCUAUGCUGAAAGCUUGCGAGAAUAUAGAGAAUUGGGAGAACUUGCUAAGAAGAAUGAAGAAUCAGAAGACAAAUUGAAACCUCCGAUUAGUUCUUAUUUUAUAUUCAUGAAAGAGGUUCGGAGUGAGGUUAGAUUAGAUAACCCUGGAAUAGAUAUAAAACAGGAAACAUUAGAGAUUGGAAGACGAUGGCGUAAUUUAAGCGAGAAGGCUAAAGAAAAAUACAGGCAAAAAUUCAGAUUAUCUUGGAGACGGUUCAAGAUCGCUCAGGCCAACAUAGAGCGGAGACUUGACGGCGUUGAAGAGCUUGAUGAAGCAGCAAUCCUUGCUGAGCAGGAACAGGAACCAGACCUAGAACUGGAACAGGAACCAGACCUAGAACAGGAACAGAAUCCAGACCUAGAACAGGAACAACAAUAUGGAAAUGAACCGGAAUUUAAGUCUCGGAUUGAUCGGAAACAGGAAGAGAAUGAAAAAGAACAGGAACUUGAAAUCAGAUUAGACGAGGGGCUGGAGUUAGAAGAUAAACAGCGAAUGGUUUUUGAAAUAGAGGAGGAAAGUUCUACUUUGUUUUCUGAGAAUUCUAGUCAAGAAGUUUUAAAUUCAGAAUUCAGCCACAGUCAUGUAUUAGUGUACGAAGAUGCGUUGGAAGAAGCAUGUAAGAAGAAGAAAAUAGUGGAGGAGAAGAUGAAACUGGUAGAAGAGAAGAUAAAAGAAGAAGUUUCUAGGAUUGAUAAGUCCGGGACCAGGUUGGCAGGCGCCAGGAAGAUUAUUGGAAUGACAACUCUCUGAAUAGUUCUUGUUAAAAGGACUUUAUGCGUAAUAUCAAGUGACCUUCCAAUUAUAGAGUGGCAUGUCCGAUUUACAACAAUACCUUUUAACUUUUGUUUGCAGGGUACCGUUGUUAAUCAGCUAAGCCUAUCUUUAAAUGGAAGGUCAAUUGAAAUUACGCUCAGAGUCCCAUUAAGUAAACCAUGUCAAGUACUAGGUGUAAACUAAAAGCUUACAAAGUCUUCUGUUUACAUUCCUCCCACGCUAAUGUACUGCUGUACACCAAUUGCAAAAACAAAUUAUCUUUAUAAUCUAGUUUUUAUGUUGCUGUAAUCUAUUUUUAUAAUUAUAAUGUGUAUAUUAAAAAUAAGCGUCAGUACUUUCUGUGAUAGUUCCCUAUAAUAAUCUAUAUCGUCAAAUAAAUUAUAUCUUAAGAAGGGGGUCCACACUCCACUUUUGUA